AAACACCACCAGCUGCGGAUCAAGAUCCUGGGCGACUGCUACUACUGCAUCUGCGGGCUGCCGGAAUUCCGGGAGGACCACGCCGUCUGCUCCAUCAUGAUGGGGCUGGCCAUGGUGGAGGCCAUCUCGUACGUGCGUGAGAAGACGCGGACGGGGGUGGACAUGCGCGUGGGGGUGCACAGCGGGACGGUGCUGGGCGGGGUGCUGGGCCAGAAGCGCUGGCAGUACGACGUCUGGUCCACCGACGUCACCCUCGCCAACAAAAUGGAGGCCGGCGGCAUUCCCGGGUGGGUGAGAAUUCCCGCUGGGAAUGGCGGGAUGGGAGGAGUCGGGGGGGAGGAGCCACCUGGGAGAGAGGAGGGAAUAUUCCGGUGUGGAAAAUCCGUGGGAAGGUUUAUUUGUGUGGGUGUGAUAAGUGCUGUGUGA